CCUCCCCAGGCCGCCGCCGCUGCUGGAGCCUCGUCCGGUGCGCGGCUCGCGACAGGCCCGGGCGGAGCAGGCGCGGCAGCCGCCGGCGCCACGGGAGAGAUGCCGAGCAAGAAGAAGAAGUACAACGCGCGCUUCCCUCCGGCUCGGAUCAAGAAAAUCAUGCAAACUGAUGAAGAAAUUGGCAAGGUGGCUGCAGCGGUCCCCGUGAUCAUUUCGCGAGGAUUGGAGCUGUUCCUGGAAUCGUUACUGAAGACGGCCUGCCACGUCACCCAGUCCAGAAACGCCAAGACCAUGACAACGUCUCACCUGAAGCAGUGCAUCGAACAGGAGCAACAGUUUGACUUCCUGAAGGAUCUCGUUGCUUCGGUUCCUGACAUGCAAGGUGAUGCCGAGGAGAACCACAUGGAAGGAGAGAAGAUUUCCAGGAGGGGCCGGAAACCUGGCAGCGGGCGAAGGAAUGGCGGCACGGCAGGAAAGGGAAAGGAUCCAAAGCAAUCCGGCACAGACUCAGAGCAAGAUGAUGACUCAGAAGACAGCGAGAGCAACGGAGAAGAGGAAGUCUUCCAGACCAUCCCCUCUACGCAACCGGCUACGCAUCUCUCUACAGCCCCAGCACCCUAUCUACAUUUUGCCCCCCCGCCAGUAUCCGCUGUCCCCUUGCCUGUACCGGCACCAACAGGAGCUGUCCCAGUCGCACUACCACCCGUGUUGCUGGCUCCGGUCCGGGCCGAUGAAGAGGACGACUAUGAUUCUUAACCCCCAGUUCCGUUUUCACUGCUGCCAUUGGAGGGAGGGU